CAUUACAAACGAUUGACGGAAGUGACGUCAGGAGGUAGUUGUCAAGGGACGUUUUAGUUUACGGAAGUUUUUUUUAAGUGGCUGCACUUUGAGACUAAAACAUGUUAUUUACCGACUACAGUUAUUAUUAAAGCGCUAUAUGUUGAGGAAACACUGUUUACAGUAUUUUGAUACUAACACUAGCUUUACGUGUUGUUUUCUGCCGCUACAGUCGCCUUUUUUAUAAUAAAAACAGACCUUAGCAGUGUGAUGCUAACUUUAGCAGCAACAACAUGACACAAGUUCCUCCAUCCUCCGGAUCAAUCGUAGUAGCUGACUGGCACCGAUGUAAAGACAGCAAAGAAUAUUUCAGCAAAAUUCUACACAAGAAGAGACGCAAAAACUUCGGCCUGUUGGAGUCUCCAGUGAUGCCCCCACAUGUAGCUGUGGACACCGUUCAUUAUAAGAUCUUCAUCUCUGGCAAGAGUGGAGUUGGGAAAACUGCUCUUGCUGCACGUCUUGCAGGCCUGAAUAUCCCUAACAUGCACUACGAAACCACAGGUAUUGAGACGACGGUGGUGUAUUGGCCAGCGAAGCUGAGAGAAAAUGGCAGAGUGUUUUUCUUCCGUCUGCAGCUGUGGGACUGUGGAGAGAAUGCGUUGCGCAGAUUUGACCAUUUGCUCCCAGCCUGUAAGGAGCAGGUGGACGCCGUCCUUUUCCUGUUCUCCUUCACUGACAGGACGUCCUUUGAUGAUCUGUCAACUCAAAUGGCUAAAUGGACUGGGACACCUGCGGGUCGUGUUGUAAAAUUGGUGGUUGGCACCAAAUUUGACCUUUUCAUGCACUGUGAUGUGGCAGAGAGAGACGUGAGGGACUUCCAGGAGAAGUGGAGCUUACCGGUGCUGCGUGUGGGCGGGGAGGUCAGCGACGGGCUGGGUGACGUAGCUCCCCUCCUCAACUGCCUUGCGGAGAACCUGUGGCAUCAGGACUGUGUUACAGCCGAAUCAGCCAGACACCAUUCACAGCAGGACACAGGGACUCUACUUUAACACUGAACAGGAUUUUUGGGAGACGGUCGAAGUGAACUGCACUCAAGGUGAAGGUCACCGCUGAGUGUCUGCGUAUUAGCAGCUAAUCUGGGAGAGCUUCAGAUCCCUUGGGAUGAGAUGAAGUAAACUGCUGUUGAGAAAUUGAUUAUUUCCUCUAAUACUAUCACCACUGCUGUCAAGAUGGAUUUUUAAUUCUCAAAUGUCUUUUUCCAUUUAAUGUCAGCGGGGUGUUAAUAUUAAUAUCAUACGAGACCGGAUAGGCUCAUCUCAUUUCUCUAUUUUGUGCCUCCUCCUGCUUUUGAAAUCGAUCUCGGUGCACCUUCUUGAAAGGAUGUCUAAAAUCCCAAAAUGCAUCCCAGAGGAGAGAGGAGGCUUGCCGGAGGAGCUAUGAGUGAGGAUGCACAGGUGUAUCAUUGGGGAAGUUUUUUUGGUACCGACGACGUAGAAAAGAGGCGUGACAUGUACAGAUGAUGCAGCUACGUCACAUAUCAUAUUUAAGCGACUGCUUCAAAGCACUGACGUCUCAUUUUGUUAAAUGUCUGUUUUGUUGCAUCUCAGGUUUGAGGGACUAAGACACAAGGAAAGACCUAGAGGAUGUACAAAUUGAGAACUAAGAGGGGAUUGUCUGGGACUGAGGUUAUAUUAACAUCUAUUUUUUGUGUUCAUUACGAUUGAGUGUUAGUAUUUGAGCACAUAAUGCAUAAAAGUGAGAACUUGAUUAA